AACUAAGUUUAUUUGUAGAAAUCAUGAAUAUUCCUGUACAUAACAAUUAUCACCAAAAAAUCUUUUUCUUCACCCAUUUUGAAAAAAAAAAAUAUUUAAUGUUAAUCAAUAUUGAAAAAUCACCAUAAUUGGAUUUGGAUUAGAAGAAUAAACUAUAGCCAACGACCAUGUCAUUAACAUCAAAGGAAGCAUUUAGUAAACUUCCUCAGAAAUUACACAACUUCUUUAUAAAGUUUCCUCCAAGACCAUAUGCUGAAUACUCAGUCAAACCAUCAGUUAUAACUGAUCCUCAUUUAAAUCCAUUUUUACCAAAUAAGAAUCCUGAAUCAGGGAAAUGGCAAGGACCUAAAUUUUCAUUAAGAAGAUCAGCAGAUCUUUUUAAAAUGGCAAAGAAAUUCGGUAUACAAGAUUUAUUACCUCCUUUACCUCGUAAAUUUUAUGAAGAGAAAUAUAAUGAUAAGAAUUGGAUGAGAGGUGUGUUAAGUCAAAAGAAAAGGAAAUGGGAAAGAGAAUUUGAAGAUAAAUUGGAAGUUAGAAAGGAAGCUAUUGCUAAUAUGGAUGAUAUUAUUGUUGCUGCUAGACCAAGUUAUAAGAAACAACUUCAAAAGAGACAAGCCAAACAAAAGACUUGGUAUUAGUCUCCAAAAAACAUUCAUACUUUCAUUUCAUUUCACUUCACGUCAUAAUUAUUGUACAUAGAACAAACCUAAACUCACUUGUGUAUUAAGAAUAUAUAUAUAUAUCUAUCUAUUGAU